AUGGGCGGCUCAAGAUAUAUUGUGCACACAAGUUUAGGUCCGACAAUCGUCUCCGUUCAGAAAGUUCCUCUCAUAUCUCUUGAUGGGACAGAAAAAAAAGACCAAAGGUUGGCUUCUCAUCGUGACAGCGCAGUAACACGGAGUUCCUGCUCUAUAACGCUCUUCAUCUCACUCCUAGCAACCGUCAUCGACCACCACAUCCCCCUUGUCACCACGCAUCACAACACCACCACUUCCCCUGCACCACCAAUAUCACCACCAGCACCACCUGGUCACACACCACCGAUCACACCACCAGCUCCCACCCCGUCGACCAACCACCCAUCGAACCACCUAUGUCACGCACCCUCAUCACCACCACGCAAUCCCCUGCGGGUCCCACACCAUCCGCUCAUCACGACACCCACACCCGUCACCACCCUCGAUCAGCCACACGAAGACGCACCCUCAUCACCACGAACGACCAGCCACCACCGAUUCGACCAACUAGCCACCGUCGAUGAUGACCACGCCACCGAUGGAUCCAGCACGACCACCCACCCCGUGUCAAGACGCCACACCUCGGGAUCCUACCACCCAGCCACCCUGUCACCACGCCUCAUCACCACCACCACCCUGUCACCACCCUUAUCACCACCCCACCCUGUCACCACCCUCAUCCGACCACCACCACGCCUUGUCACCACAGACACCACCCCUUCACCACCGACAUCAGCCACUACCUACAGACUGAUCACCGAACCAGCGCAACCACAACCCCGUAGUCAGCCACCAGCCAUCACCACCACUCCCCUGUCACCGAAGCCUCAUCACCACCACUCCCCUGCACACCCUGUACGACCGAGCCACCAUCGACCACUACCACGACUGUCCACCCACCGCUUAUCACCACACCACCCUCAUCGACCAACACGCACCCUUCACGCACCGCUCAUCACCACCACCACCCUAUGCACCACAACCCACCAUCCCUGUCCAGCCACCACCCUAGAUCGACCACUACCACCGACUGUCACCACCCUUAUCACCACCACCACGCCUCAAUCGACCACCACGCACCCUGUUUCACCACCCUUAUUCACCACCAACUCACCUCAUCACCGACCACCACCCUGUCACCGCAACCACCACCCUUGUUCACCAGACCAGCACAUCACCCUACCACUCCCAGCUGUCACCAUCUCUCAUCACCCACACUCCCCUGUCACCGAGCCUUCAUCACCACCACUACGCCUGUCACGCACAACCACCACCCUGUCACCCACCCUUCAUCACGCCCUUCACUCCCGGACCACAAAGAGCACGAGGCAAUGGCGCCGCCGUUAUCUCUAA